AUGUCUAUCUGCGUUCUUCCAUUUGCUUCGGAAAAGGCGAUCCUGCCUCGUCUUCUGGAUGACAUCUUCAGCGAACUCGACGACGCCUUCAAUCAGUUCUACCAAAUUGAACAAAUCCUUCCCCCUCCAAGAGUGAGAGCAGGGAGGAAAAGCCCCAUGGGCCAAUUGUGCAAGGUCAGCGAUGACGGCUCCAAACUGGCGAUCUCAUUGGAUGUCUCGAAAUUCAAGCCGGAUGAGUUGAAAGUGAACGUAGAUGGUCGAACCCUGACUGUUGAAGGCAAACAAGAAGUGAAAGAAGGCUCGAGUUAUACUUCAAGGUCGUUCCUUCGCCAGUGGACUGUUCCAGAAGGUGUCGACGUCGAGCAGAUCCGAUCCACGCUCUCUGAAAAUGGUCACCUGGCGAUCGAAGUGCCGAAGGCCAAGCCGGCUAUCACUUCCAGGAGCAUUCCAAUCCAGAAAGCGGUUGAUCAACCAGCAGUGAAGAACAGUUAA